AAAGCGGCUCGAUGCUGCUGUACAGCCGGAAGAAGGUCAGGUACCGAAGAGACGGGUACUGCUGGAAGAAGAGGAAAGACGGCAAGACCACCCGCGAAGACCACAUGAAGCUCAAGGUCCAGGGGACUGAGUGCAUCUACGGUUGCUACGUGCACUCCGCCAUCCUGCCCACCUUCCAUCGACGGUGCUACUGGUUGUUGCAGAACCCGGACAUAGUCCUGGUGCAUUACCUGAAUGUGCCGUACCCGGACGACAACAAGCUGGCGACGGUGGCGCCGAGCCUGGCGCUGUGGGCGGACAAGAAGGAGUGGACGAAGGACGAGCUUGUUAGCCAGCUGAAACCUAUGUUUUUCAGCGAAGAUGAGCCGGACAUCAACAGCGACCUGGAAAUUUCAGGAAAAAUGUUUCAGACAGCGGAAACGGUGGAAGCCAUCGUCGGUCAGCUGAUGGAAAAGCAACGGGCGGCCAGAGCCGCGGCCCUGGCCAGGCAACUGGAAUGCGGCUGUCCGGACUCUACCUGCCAAGACUCCAGGACUUGCGCGCACCCACUGCGGCGCAUCCAAGCGGCUAAGCCACCACCGUCAGACCACCACGUCUCGUCCACUACUGGCCCGUCACCGCGACCGAUGUCCCAACCUCCCAGACAAUACACCAGAGAUCACAGAACUUCACAACAAUCAGCGUCACCGUUACUUCUAUCCCUAGGUCAAAUACAAGGAGGCGGUGGUCUUCUAAUCCUAAAUGGAACAAGCAAUACCACACAACAACAUUCCUCCCUAGUAUCACCUCUAUCAGUGACGUCAUUUGUCUGUGAAGAACCCAGAGACAGGUACCGACAGCAGUACAAACCGACUUUUGUUCUGAAAAGGGAAGUACCUGACACUCCGACUCCAUGUCGUCAAAAUUCAGACUCCACUUUUGAAGUGGAAAGUCAAGUAGAAGAAAAAAUAGAGGUAGAGACUUUUGAAACAAAAAUAAAAAUAGAGCCUAGGACUAGAAAUCAGAUGAUUGCCAGCGCACCGGCCACGCCGUCUCGGUAUCCUGACCUGGUGGAGCGAUUAGAGAGUAAGGUUUUUACAGAUAACUGUGAUGAUACGUUAGUAUUACUUGGAACUGAUGGAAAUUUAGGGUCUAGUGGAUUUUUCGAUGAAACAUUGGAAUUGUCGCAUGAAGACAUACAGAAGACGCUAUCAGCGAAUAUGCCUUCGUGUGAACUAAAUAGGAGUGGAGUGAGAUCUUCUGAUACGGCCAAUGUUAUGGUCUCAGGAAUUGAUACCAUGGACUUUAUUGAAAGCUGCGAGGCAGUUGCUUCACCCACCCAUGUUGUAGAUGAUAAUGUUUUUGUGAAUCUGGACGCUUUUGAUAUGCUUGGUGAUUUUCCGGAACUAGAGGUAUUGGAUCCUAGUUCAAUAUCAACGAAUCCAGUGCCGAGUUGUGGCAAGUCGCCCCCCGCCGAAGAAAGUGAGAAGAUGCAAACGGAAUGCAGCAACGAAGGAACUCUGAGCAUCACCGACUAUUCUCCCGAAUGGGCGUACCCUGAAGGAGGAGCCAAGGUCCUAGUGGCGGGCCCUUGGACAGAGUCGUCCGAUCAGUAUACGGUGCUCUUUGACAACUUCCCCGUACCGUCGAUAUUGGUGCAGAAUGGACUACUGAGGUGCUAUUGUCCAGCUCAUGAAGCCGGCCUAGCAGCGAUGCAAGUCGCUCGCGGCGGCCGGGUGGUCUCUGAUACAGUGGUAUUCGAGUACAAAGCCGGUCCAGCUCCGGCGCCGUCAUCGCCCGCGUCCGCGCCGCUGCCAUCGCUGGACUUUAGGCGUUUUACGCUGCUGCAGCGCUUGCAGCGGCUGCAUGGACGGCUGCAGAUCAAGAGCGAGCCGAUGGAUGACAACAAUCAGAUAGAUGAGGUCCAACUGUACUCGAACCCAAAAUUUGAAGAGCGGCUGGUCUCCUUCUGUCGAUCACUAAGCGCCCGUUCCACGGGUACUUCCGAGGGUUUCACCACGGAGCCUGGUGAAGAUGGCUCGUCCGUCCUCCACCUGGCUGCAGCAUUAGGAUAUACCAAGCUGACGACAGCGCUACUGAGGUGGAAGCAGGAUGACAGCAGUCUGGCGCUGGAGAAAGAAGUCAAUUUGGGGGCGAGGGAUGUUGAUAAUAAUACGCCUUUGAUGCUGGCAAGUGCCGCCGGUCACGUAGAAACAGCUGUUGUCUUGGCUAGGUGGUCGGCCGGAACUCGAUGCGAGGCGGGUGCCAGACAGGCCGCUGCCGCUGCCCGGCGCUCCGGGCACUCCAAGCUAGCUGCCUUGCUGGACAGGAUACACCCUCCACCGAGAGACGGAGUGUUUCUGAGGCCACAUAGUUUAUCCCAGAAAGGGCGAACGGGCAGUUUGGAGAGCAACCUUGUCAAAAGGCCCUCUAUAGAUAGCGGAAUCAACAUGGCGGACGCGUUCAGAUCCAGCUCGGCUAUCGAUAAAUCUGAGUCUAGCUCAGCUAGGUGGGAACGCAGCAUGUCACUGCCUCUUGAUUCCGACACUUCCGAAGACAGUCUGGGAGACUCAAAGAUCGGGAGACGCAUGGACUUGGCUCUUUGCGAGACCGCGUGGCGACGCGCGGCCAGCCCGCUCAUAGACGUGGAGGCGCUGUCGGACACCUCGCCCCCCGCCAGCCCGCCCCCGCCGCCGCCCCAAGGGGAGCAGGAUGACAGAGUGUUCACGUUGGCCGAGCAAAUCAUCGCUGCGAUGCCAGAGAGGAUAAAAAACGAAAGCUCGUCGUUGCUGUCGGGCUGCGGGCUCGAGGGCGGCGGGGGCAACGGCGAGGACACGCUCAUGGUCCCGCUGCUCGAUGACGCCACCACCUUCAACACCGAGUUCAGCUUUGAGUUCUGCGACAAUACUUACAGGUAUUGCGGUGGAUCGACUCCCUCAUCAGGAUCCGUAUCUCCCGGGUCCGCGUUGUCGCCCCCACCGCCGUCUCCCAGGCCCGCUAUCAACGCGGCCCCGUCUGCUACACUGCAGGAGUUCCUGAACGCUACCACGCAUUUCUCCAGUCUUACACUAAAUGACCGAGAACAGCGCGAGCUAUACUCGGCGGCCAUCACGAUACAGAAGGCGUACCGGCAGUACCGAGGCCGGCAGUUACAGCGGCGCGCCGCCGCCGCCGCCAUCACUAUACAGAACUGCUACCGGCGGUACAAACAGUUUGCGUACUUGAAGCAGAUGCACGCGGCGGCCACGGUGAUCCAGCGCGGGUACCGCACCAUGCGCGCGCGCCGUCUCGCCUCCACGCCCAUCAAGAGGACAUAUUCACAGAGGCGUCAAAACCAAGCCGCGAGGAAGAUUCAGCAGUUCAUGAGACAAUCUAAAAUCAAGUUGCAGAGCGCACGAGCCGAAAGCGUGAGGGCGGCCCUGCGGUCGCCGGCUGCCCUCCCAAGCUCAUCGCCGCGCAUCACCAGUACACCACCCACGCCCAAUAGGGUCGUCGAUUAUCUAGCUCCGCAAUCACCAAUGAAUGCAGACGAAGACCUACUUCUAGAGUUGCUGUUCAGAAUGUGAGGAGCCUAGAUACGACUCCCACGGUGUGGAUACUAUUCAUUUGAAAGAGAUUAGCACAGUUCAAGUGUCCGAUUUUGUUCCUUUCGCAACAUCUUUGAUUGUAAGUUGGUAUUUAAUUUGUUGUUCGAAUAUUUGCUUUAUAAGAACCUACAUUUACAAUUUGAAAAUGUUCACCUUCGUUACAAAAUUUUAGUUCAUCAAAAACUUUGACUGCCUCCGUUACACAAACGAUCUUAUUUCAAGGACACACCUUUCCUUUUCUAAUAACGUAGUCAAUUGAGAACACUGUAUCUACUUACUGCUACUUGAACCUAAUUCAAGCUUAUUUUUAAGCGUAUAUUUUCAACUGUUCUCUAGAACAUUCCAAAGCAGGUUUCUUCUUAGAGUUGUGAGAUAACUCGGGCCUUGUCUACUUAAAUUUUAACCUGUCGUUUUGUAAUAGCCAUUAUAAUAAUGAUUAAUACAAAAGUUUUGACUUUCACAAACACGAAAUCUAUUCAAAUUCUUGUCUUUGUUUAGUUUUGUAGAUCUAUCUGUUUCCUUUAAAAUGACUUGUUCAGAGUUUGGAUUCGAUUUUUCUUUAUUUUAAACUCUUCAGGUCAUAGACAGGGUUAUAUUUAGUAUAAAUUUUAUCGUAUUUGUAUUAUAUUUUCAUAAUGUAUUUUUGAGACAUUUGUUUAGGACAUUUAUUGGAAUCAUAAUAUUUUUGAAAACUCUAAAUUGGAUGUAAAGUAAUUUAUCUAGAUCAUCAACGUAUUGGCUGAUUUUUCUUAUAAAAAUGAAAAAUGUCGAAUCAAUUCCACGUAAUCUAAAAUGGGUCAGUAAAGUUUGGCUAUUAAGUUUAGUUUAUUUGCUAAUGAUUUCAAUGGUUACCUUCCUAAACUAAAACGUUUAGGCGUUUCGUUGGUUAUUUUGCUUACGACAUUAGAGGAUCAAGUCAAAACUUGGAUUCUUGAUUCCAUUGAUGAUUUCGACGACGGAGUCUAAAAUUAUGUAGGUUAAGUACAAAUUCAAAUUAUUAAAAAGCCACUGUUCUUAUAAAGUAGUUGCACCUAGCGUAAAAUACAAUAAACCCGACGAGCUGUGAGUAUUUUGAGAUUUUAUCGUAUUUAAGGAAAUAAAAAGUAAUUAUGCAGUUAUUAUAGUUUGACUAUUGGUCAAAGUUAACAAUAUAGGUUUCAUUCCAGCCUAAAUAGGUUAAUUGUUUUCUAGUCUACGCAGCGACGCCUUAGAGUAUCAUCGAACAUGAUCUAUUUAAAUUCCAGUAGACUUAGAUCUAAAUUUGGAAGCUUAUCUCUGCUAUUAUUAUUUAACAUUUUGGUGUAUUCUGUUACAAAACUAUUACUGAUGAUCUUGCCGCUCUUGUUUUUUGACAAAAGUCAAUAUAGUUCGAGAUCGAUACUUGUGUUUCUUCAUCCCUAGUUCCUAUAACGAAACUAUUGAAAUCGUUAAUGAAUUUUCUUAUACCUACAAUUAGUUCAUUAGAUACUAAUUUUGGUUAUAGAUCCUCGAUAAAGCUAAAUGCCAUACUUAUCUAGCGUUCAUGAAAAAAAAGGUUGUGCACCACUUAAUAUAGAAAUAAACUACCUAAAUAUUCCCUUUUUCUGAAUUCUCUGAUAUUUUAACGUAGUAUAGAUAUAGUUUAAGGGAUUAGAGUAAUCAUAGCUUAACCAUAAGACGACAACAGCCGUCGAGAUAUUUUCGAUUCGUAUUUUUAUAAAGCAAAAGUUACGAACGACUAAGAUUGCUUUGCUUGUGCAGGGCCAAGGAUCAGGUGACUUCGGAAUUCUUUUGAUACCAGUUUAUUGAGUUCUCUGACUAAAUUAAAAUUUAGACAUUUCUUCAGUAAAUCUUCUUUAACACUAUUUUCAAAAUUUAAUUAUGAGUUAAAUAUUCCUCUAUUAGAUUCUUUUAUUUCAUUUUCGAGAGGCCCAGUGUUGAAAUUUGUAGGUAACACCCCCUUUACUCUCAACUAGUAUCAAACACCUUACGAAUCUUUGGACUUAUAUUCUUUGGAACUCGUUUGGAGUAAACGUGGUCAAAAUCAAGUAAAAAUGAAAAGUCACGCGACGUAGAAUGAGAAAACCGUCCAGUUGUGGCGGCAAACCCUCCGGUGGCAAAAUGAUGUAAGUCGCACUACGAAAACAAGCGAAAACGAUGUUGACGGCAAUUGAAAUAGAGGCGCGAUUCGCUUGCAAGGUCAAUGGGCACCCGAGGGCGCGAAUACAACAUGUAUAUUUCAUAUUUUUGGAUCGCUAAUUUUAAGAUGUUAUAUUUAUAUAUGUAUAUGUAGUAAUGGCGAAUACAAAAACAGUAUUUCGAGAAUGUAUUGCGCCAAAAGUUUUGAUGUAUUAAUUUUCCAUAAAAGUUAUUAUCUCAUUGUUUUAUUUCAAAUGGAUAAAUAGUUCGUUUAGCUAGUGGUCAUGCGUAUAUAUUUUUGGAUAGCGUGCACGAUUGCUUACGAGCGCCGAUGAACGUGGAGAAAAAAUACACAAAGAAAUGUAAAAAAAAAAUAUUUUUAACUGCAACGCAGAACCUCCGAAAGCAAUAAUAUUUUUGUGGUGAAAGUAACUCCGAUUUGUAAAGAGAGAGUAUUUUAUUAUCCACACGAUCGUCACAAACAGUUGUAGGAAGCUUUUAGUGCGGCCUUUGAGGUGCUCCUUUUAUGAAAACGAGGGCAAUUUUCAGGAUGAAUCAGCUGGAUUUUCGUCAGCGAUAUUUCACAGUUCAAACUUUGAGGUGCAAAAAAAACUUAUUAUUCAUGUUCGAAAUUCAAUGGGAUUGAAGGAAACUUUUCAAUGCCUCUUAAGAUAUUUCCCUUUUGAAAUAUUUUAGUGAUUCAAGUCGACACUGUAAACAAAAAGGUGAAGUAUCAACUCCUGGAUUUCUGUAUUUCAAUUCUUGUUAGGCUGAAAUAGUUGGCAUGAGUAGCGCCGAAUGCCUCGAGACAAGGGCUGUUUUACCCCCAUUUAAACGGGAUGGAGGUCAAAACAAUAAUUUGGACCCUACGUUAAUGUUUUGUGAGUUUCACGAAAGGAAAGGAGCAGAGCGACGGCUGACCUUAGUUUUGACCACUGCUAAAGAAAUAGUGCACUAGAUGUAGAACUAGUUAGAUAAAUUACUACUUAUAUAUAUAAAAUAAUAAAAAAAUCUUGAAAUCUAUACAUAGAAUUUAAAAUUAAAAGUUUAACUAAUACUUUUUAUUAUUAUAUUAUAAGAAGCUUGUUCACACAUUUUAACUUCAUAUUUAGUAAGUAAUCCUUAAGACUUAAAUGAUAGUAAUGUUACUAAAGGUACUGGAUUGGACUUAGUGAGACUACGGUUGGUUAUUUGAGUUCGUGUGGGCCGUAGAUAAAUGCUAUAAUUAUUAUGAAUUAUUAUGCCAAAGGCAAAAGUUUUUUUACAAUGUGAUAACGGCAAAGACCUUCAUUUGGAGCAUCUACUAGUUAUUUUUUUAGGAUAGAUUUUAGAUAUAGUCAAGUAUAUUGAUUUUCUACGGCGUUUUAAUAUUGAAUACAAGGCAUCUGCCCACUCAUAUUUUUAUUUAUUUUACACCAUUUAAUGGAAUACAAGACAUGGCAGUAUUAUUACCGAGAUAAGACGUUACAAAUAAUAAUUAGGUAUUAAUUUUGUUUAGUAUGAAGCAGCAAUAAAGCAUUUUCAAUUAAUGAAAAGCAUUUACAGACAGUUCCAAUAGAUAUUGUUGUACUUUAUUUAAAAUAUUGAUUGCAUUUUACCAAAAAUGCACCACCGAUCGCGUAGCCUGAAGUUCUUAAAGUUAAGUUUAUUCGUAUUAAAUAAGGAAAUUAUAAAAUGUUAUAAAAAACUUACGCCUCCAAAACUCUUUGAAAAUACGUACCUAUUCAAUAUCAAUACCAUAUAGCAGCAAUUUUUAUUAUUAUCAUGAAGUGGGCAGAAGUCUUUACGCUAUGCUUGCUUGGAUAAUAUUCGAGGAAAUUGUUUUAACAGAAACGAGCCUGCCUAAAGCGUAUUGCAUAUCACUUAGAAAUACUUAUGAGGUUUUUGAAAAGCGUUAAAGUUUUUUUUGAUAAUGCUAGAUACUAGUCCAUUGUUUGUAUUUUAUAGAUGCUAUUCAAGUUUCAUAGGGCUGUAACCGAGUUUUUGUUGUAGCAUUAUUUAUAGCUAAUUUGCAAUUAUACUUAUUGUAAAACUUGUAAGAAUUCAUUUUAAUAAUGUUAAGUUACGUACUUAAAUAUUUAGUUAAUUGUAUACAUCGACCUUAUUUAAAAAGUCUAAGAUAGCGUUGCCAAAUAUUUUAGUUUCGAAUAGGCUAAUUAUUGUGUUUUAAUUUUUGUUUUGCAUGUUAACGUUACAGCCCGAACCUUUUUAGAUAUUAGCGGGUCUACUACGUAAAACGAUUUCGAUAAUCAACUCUUCUUUCUCUCUUAUACAUUUAAGAAAUUCUACGUGAGAGACAGAGACAUGUAGAGUCGAAGUGAAACCGAUUUACAGAGUAACCAUAGACUUGUUGCUUACAGUUUUUAUAUUCUAGUGAUAAUACUUAGCUAAUUUUAUAAAGUUAUUUUAGAACCAUUAUUUGUUUAUGCCAUCCUAAGCGUUGUAUGAUAAGUUCUUCAUUAUAGCAAAAUAAGUCAUUGUUAUGUACUGCCAAGUUUCAAGGUUUCUAAAACACCAACGGACGUAUUUAAGGCUUGUGAUGUCCAAUGAUUUAUUUGAUUUCUGUUGAUUGAUGUAUUAAUGGUGUUGGAUGAUGGGAAGUGUACCUAGUCAAUGCUUGUUGGUGAGCUCGGAAUGUUCAUGGGAAUGUAAGAUUGAAACUGACUAUCAAAUAGGAUCUCCUGUUAUAACCUGUAUGUCACUUAAAAAGUUUUCAGUAACUACAGAAAAGCUGUCUCGUAAUGUUUAUAUAGUUUAUAAUAACCUAAAGCAAUAUAGAAGUAUACAAAGUUUAUUUAGGCGAUUUAUAUUCACCUAACGUGUAUAUAAUUUAGUGUUAAUAUUGAUUUUGUUUUAUUUCUUCCCACCCAACUUUUUGUUUGAGGUUAUUCAAUAUUCAUUAAUUGUACACAUCAAGAGCUUUAACUAAUUUUAUUUUCUAAUAGUACAACUUGAAAGAUAACAAGGUUUGGAAGCAAUCAUAUUAAAAUAAACAAAUAUAUUUUGUCAGUUUCAAUCAAACAAAUGAAUAGAAUGUGGUUUAAGUCACCGAUUAUAUUCUGAAAGAGGCAAAUUAUUGAUCAAACGAAUAAUUAUAAUAAACAUCGUGGAGAAAAGGCCAUACAAAAUGGUGGUGAACUUUUGGGAUUAAAAUCCCAUAAAUAAUUGUGAACUUACCUCUGUCAAAAUGUCGAGUGACUAAAAAACAAAGUCUUACUUUUAAAACGACUGCGUUUAUGUUAAAGUUGUUCCUAUGAUUCAUUUUGCACAGUUAGUAUAGAUUUUGGUGGUUAUUUUCUAGCAAUAAAUAAUAUUAUGUCUAUGUAUAUUGAUUUCUAUAUAGUACUCUAUCGAGUUCAGGUUUGCAUUAGGCAAGUAAAGAUUUUUAUUUAAAUAUUUUUUACUAAUUUUAGCAAACUGUUUUAUACCUAUUUAUUUAACAAUUGAAUAUACACUACAUUCCAUUUUCAGUUAACUUUACCUUUACCUUAUUUUGACAUGGUUCCAUCAAUUCUGUACUAUCUGUGCUGUUAAAAUAUGCUAUAUAUUUUAGUGUUAUUUAUUUGUAACCAAAGUGGUCAAAUGUAUCGACAAAAACGUUAUUCCAUUGCUUUCAAUGCCAGAAAAACAUAAAAAGUAAAAAAAACAGGAAAGUAAUAAAAAAUAUAAAUAAAAAAACAUAAAAUGUUCACAAAACUUAUUUUAUUUAAAUUCAAACGCUUUUGUCCGACAUUCGAUCACUUGGUUUACAAAACACCCUGUAUUCAAUAUAUUGUGAUCAAGAAAGCAAUUGUAUGUUACCGAGUGUACCUACCUUCGCACUGAACACAUUCCCUAUUUUAGUACAGUUGGACGCGAGAGGCCGGUCUGUCGGAUAAGUGUACUUUGAGAAAUAAUCUUCCUUUGUAAUUAUUAUAAUCUAUAAACACUACAAAUUGU